CUUCUCUCCCUCUUUCGCGGGAUCUCUGGGUCGUUGAGUAUUUUUUACUUUUUCCGCUCUGCCGCCGAUAGGAGAGCAAACGCGCAACGCGGAGAGAGCAAUUUGGGAAAACACUCGUUAAAUUAUUUUCUGGCUGCCUCUUCCCCACUAUCCAUCACCACCGCCGCCGACCAGACGAGUAUUACACCCUCCCUUACGUUCAACGCGCUUCGCAUCGCAAAAGUUGUCUCUCGCUCCCCUGCGCAAAAGGUUAAACCUUAGCGACUACCCGGAACCCGAAAGCCGAUCUCUUUUUUGCGCUCGCGCGCGCGCCCAGUACCGAUUCCGCCCGAAUAGACAUACAGCACCCCCGGAUCCCCGGACUCGAUGGCCGCGGCCAACAACGAUGAUGAUGUCGAGAGGCAGCAGUUGCACCCUGAGCCUCAGGCGGCAGAGGCCGAGAAGCCGCGCCCGACGACGGUUCAGCGGGGAGGAUUACACCCCAUCUUUUACAUCUUAGCGUGGAUUUUCUUUUCCAACUUGACGAUUCUGUUCAACAAGUGGAUGAUUGAUGGGAGGGGGUUCAAAUAUCGUACGUACAACCCGCACUGA